AUGGCUCAGUGCUCUAGAUGCUUGAUCCCAUGGACAGCAAACGAGGGAACCUACUUAAUGGAGGUUGACAGAGUCUUGAGACCAGGAGGUUACUGGGUCUUUUCAGGACCUCCCAUCAACUGGAAAACCUAUUACAAGACGUGGAACCGUACUAAAGCAGACCUCAGAGCCGAGCAAAAGAGAAUAGAAGACAUCGCAGAGUCUUUAUGCUGGGAGAAGAAGUACGAGAAGGGAGACACUGCCAUUUUCAGAAAGAAGAUAAAUGAUAGAAAAGACACUGAUGAUGUCUGGUACAAGGAGAUUGAAACUUGUGUAACACCGUUCCCUAAAGUAUCAAGUGAAGAAGAAGUCGCUGGAGGGAAGCUGAAGAAGUUCCCUGAGAGGCUAUUGGCAGUGCCUCCGAGUGUGUCUAAAGGUUUGGUUAGUGGAGUUGAUGCGGAAGCAUACCAAGAAGAUAUUAAACUGUGGAAGAAGCGUAUGGAAAGGUACAAGAGUAUGAAUAGUUUGAUUGGUUUGACUAGGUACCGUAACGUGAUGGAUAUGAAUGCUGGUCUUGCUAUUAUAGCUGUUCUUGGAUCUAUUAUUCUUCCUUAUCCUCCAAGAGCCUUUGAUAUGGCUCAGUGCUCUAGAUGCUUGAUCCCAUGGACUGCAAAUGAGGGAACCUACUUAAUGGAGGUUGACAGAGUCUUGAGACCAAGAGGUUACUGGGUCUUUUCAGGACCUCCCAUCAACUGGAAAACCUAUUACAAGACGUGGAACCGUACUAAAGCAGACCUCAGAGCCGAGCAAAAGAGAAUAGAAGACAUCGCAGAGUCUUUAUGCUGGGAGAAGAAGUACGAGAAGGGAGACACUGCCAUUUUCAGAAAGAAGAUAAAUGAUAGAAAAGACACUGAUGAUGUCUGGUACAAGGAGAUUGAAACUUGUGUAACACCGUUCCCUAAAGUAUCAAGUGAAGAAGAAGUCGCUGGAGGGAAGCUGAAGAAGUUCCCUGAGAGGCUAUUGGCAGUGCCUCCGAGUGUGUCUAAAGGUUUGGUUAGUGGAGUUGAUGCGGAAGCGUACCAAGAAGAUAUUAAACUGUGGAAGAAGCGUGUGGCAAGGUACAAGAGUAUCAAUAGUUUGAUUGGUUUAACUAGGUACCGUAACGUGAUGGAUAUGAAUGCUGGUCUUGGUUGUUCUUCAUGA